AUGGAUGACUCACGGCUUGUUCUUCCCUCUCCUCCGCCCUCUACCUAUUUCAAACCUCCAAUUAAGAUCCUUCCCAGUGAUGUUUUCUAUGCCCUCGGUGAACAGUACUAUACUCUGUUCAUGAUCUUAAGAGGCACAAGCCCCUCCCCACCUGAGCCCGUGGACGCUAACACCCUUAUCUUAAUCGUUAAAGAGCUCAAUGCAACCAACUCCAUCGGGUCGGACGGAAUAGCAUUUAAGUUUCUCCGGGAUGCGCUCUAUGUCAUAGUCCCUCUCCUCACCUGUAUCAUCAACACGUCCCUGGUGACUGGCGUGUUCCCCGAGUCAUGGAAACAUGCACUGGUUGUCACCCUGUAUAAAAAUGGUGAUCCUGAUGUUUAA